AGUCAACUGGUCAAUUCAGCCCACUGAAAUGCAUAGCCCUGGAGGCAUCUACCAAUAUCAUCCCAUCACUCUAUAUAUAUUCAUGCAAUAUUUACAAUCCAAAUCAAAUAGUUGCUAUAACACUUCCCCCAGCCUACAGUUGCAAUAUCUUUCCAAGUUCCGGAGGAGCAAAUCAAAUCAUUUCUUUCACAUACCAAUAUUACUUUCUAAUGGGGCGUUGGAUGAGGCCAGAGGUCUACCCACUGUUGGCUGCAAUGACCUUUGUAACAAGCAUGUGUGUCUUCCAGCUUACAAGAAACAUGUUCCUGAACCCAGAAGUCAGGAUCAACAAAGCUCACCGCCUUGCGGGAGUGCUGGAAAACGAAGAGGAAGGAGAGAAGUAUGCUGAGCAUGGCCUCCGGAAGUUCCUUCGAACUCGCCGGCCUGAAAUCAUGCCUGCCAUCAACCAUUUCUUCACCGAUGAUGAUAAAUAACUUCACGGUUCUAAAUAUAGUUGUCAAUAAAUUCAUUUUCCUAUUACCCUUGUGCAAAUUUGUGAUUGUUUCCAAUGUCAUUCUUAGAGUCUAAGACUGCCCUUGUAAUUAGUUCCGAUUAUUAGAAUUUUCCAAAUAAUAAAUACAACGAUAUCUACAUUAUAGCCUUACUCAAAA